CUGAGGCUCGUAUGAUGAAAUCUGUCAGUCUCUGCCACGUGUCACUAUAUCGUAGGCAGAGAUAGUAGGCACCCUUCAGCUACAAAUGCAACACCAAAGGUCUUUGUUAAUGGCAGCCACCAACACACUUACACACACACUCAAUAGUCAUCACUCUUCCCUUACCGAAGAAGGGGCUAUUGAGCUGCUUUUAUAUUUUGAGGGACAAAGAUAAAUAGGCUAUGGCAACUGUGACAACCCCUUAUGUGGUGUCAAGAACCGGGUGCCUCAACCACCAUGGAAGCGCUAGAACCGAGGGGAAGGCGAGCUCACCACUGCUGAGCCUGAACAGCCAGGGAAUGACCUAUGAUGGGUUGAAAUCCAUGAACAAGCUCAACAUGAAGACCACACAUGCAACAAAUAUCUCUGUCUCCGUGAGGAGCAAGAAGAGUGGCAGUGACAGGAGUGUGGGGAAGAUUGUGUGUGAAACUGGGAUGACCUUUCUCUUUGUGAGUGCUGAGGUUGGACCUUGGAGCAAAACUGGAGGACUUGGUGAUGUUCUUAGUGCGCUCCCCCCAAGAUUGGCUGCAAAUGGGCACCGUGUUAUGACAGUGUCUCCCCGUUAUGACCAAUACAAGGAUGCAUGGGACACUAGUGUUCUGGUGGAGAUCAAAGUUGGUGACAGAGUGGAAACUGUCCGUUACUUCCACUGCUUCAAGCGCGGAGUCGAUCGCGUUUUUGUGGAUCAUCCAGUUUUCCUUGAGAAGGUAUGGGGCAAGACGCAGUCAAAACUAUAUGGUCCUAAGGCCGGAGUAGAUUAUGAAGAUAACCAGUUUAGAUUCAGCUUGUUGUGCCUGGCUGCACUUGAGGCUCCAAGGGUUUUGAACCUAAACAGCAACCCAUAUUUUUCAGGACCAUAUGGCGAAGAUGUAGUCUUUAUCGCCAAUGAUUGGCACACUGCUCUUCUUCCUUGCUACUUGAAAUCAAUGUACAAGUCCAGGGGAAUUUACAUGAAUGCAAAGGUUGCAUUUUGUAUUCAUAACAUAGCCUACCAGGGAAGAUUUGCCUUUGCAGACUUCCCUCUUCUUGGUUUACCUGAUGAAUUCAGGAGCUCCUUUGACUUUAUGGAUGGGUACGAUAAGCCUGUGAAGGGAAGGAAAAUCAAUUGGAUGAAGGCUGGAAUAAUAGAAUCAGACAGGGUUGUAACUGUGAGUCCAUACUAUGCCCAGGAACUUGUUUCUGGAGAGGACAGAGGCGUCGAAUUGGACACCAUAAUUCGUUCAGUUGGUAUCACCGGUAUAAGAAAUGGUAUGGACCAUCGGGAGUGGAGUCCAAAAACCGAUAGAUUUAUUAGCAUACACUAUGAUGCAACGACUGUCACCGAGGCAAAAUGCCUUCUGAAACAAGCCCUUCAAGCAGAGUGUGGCUUGCCUGUUGACAGCAAUAUCCCUGUCAUAGGGUUCAUUGGUAGGCUAGAAGAGCAGAAAGGUUCAGAUAUUCUCUUUGAAGCCAUCUCAAAGUUCAUCCAUCUCGAUGUUCAGAUAAUAGUUCUUGGAACCGGCAAAAAGUACAUGGAGAAGCAAAUUGAACAGCUGGAGGAACUCUAUCCUGAGAAGGCAAGAGGGAUAGCGAAAUUCAAUACUCCUUUGGCCCACAAGAUCAUCGCUGGGGCGGACUUUAUAGUGAUCCCAAGUAGAUUUGAGCCAUGUGGUCUUGUUCAGUUGCAUGCCAUGCCUUACGGAACGGUUCCAAUAGUUUCCUCAACUGGUGGACUUGUUGACACCGUGAUCGAAGGAUAUACCGGAUUCCAUGCAGGAGCAUUCAGUGUUGAGUGUGAUGCUGUUGACCCAGCUGAUGUGGAAAAGUUAACUUCUACCAUUAUUAGAGCCCUUAAAACCUUCGGUACCCCCUUCUUGAAAGAGAUGGUCCAGAACUGCAUGGCCCAAGACUUCUCAUGGAAGGAACCAGCAAAACUAUGGGAAAAGAUGCUGUUGAGCCUUGGUGUUGCUGGCAGUGAACCUGGAAUUGAAGGAGAGGAGAUUGCUCCUCUCGCAAAGGAAAACCUACCCACCCCUUGAACACCGUCCAUAAUAGAUAUAUAAUAAAUAUAUUUCCGUAGUUCACAAAGUAAUGGCCAUGGCCAAGAAAUUUAUGUAAUGCUUGGCCUGCAUUAUGGUUUAAUUUGUAGGUGUAGCCAUCAGCUCAUAAAAUUAUCAACUGGGUUCCAAGGGAUCCGGUAGUUUUAUAUUGGAACAUGAGUGUAAAGUUCUUUUUGCAAGCAAUUUAUAAAAGUAACUAACAUAAA